AUGGGGAAAGCUCAGUCUUUGAAUCAUGGGCAAGGCGUGUCUCAAUGCACGCUAUCACGGCCAGCCCAUGGUCUUCAAUAUGAAGCUGUCAUCAAGGAGAUAGGAUCCGAUCCGGAGAACGGUUUGAACAACUCAGAGGCCCAGAGACGCUUAGAACAAUAUGGAGGAAAUGACCUUGGAAACACCGACUCUGUCCAACCUGCCAAAAUGUUACUCCGGCAGAUUGCAAAUGCUAUGACAUUGAUUUUGACAAUGGCUAUGGCAGUGAGCUUUGGUAUCAACGCUUGGAUUGAAGGAGGUGUGCUAGCAGCAGUCAUUUUCAUCAAUAUCGGUAUAGGCUUUGUCCAAGAAUUUCAAGCCGAAAAGACCAUGAGCUCGCUUCGAUCAUUGAGUUCCCCGACUGCAUGUGUAGUACGAGACGGGAGUCAAAUUACUAUUGCGACUGCAGAUAUUGUACCCGGUGACAUAGUAGAGAUGAAGACUGGUGACACAGUCCCAGCAGAUGUGAGACUUAUAGAGGCAGUCAAUUUCGAAACCGAUGAGGCCUUGCUCACUGGAGAAUCUGUACCCGUGCGGAAAGACGCCAAUUCGGUUUUCAGUGAUGAGACUGGACCUGGUGAUCGCCUAAAUAUCUGCUUCAGCUCGUCUAUUGUUACAAAAGGUCGAGCCAGAGGCAUCGUCUUUUCAACUGGUAUUUAUACAGAAAUUGGAGCUAUUGCAACUGCACUUCGAGCGAAGGGCACGCGGCAUAGACACGUAAAGCGUAACCCAGACGGAUCUGCCAGUUUUUAUCGCUAUGUUGAAGCCGGCGCUCUAACGGUGUAUGAUGCUAUUGGUGAGAUUCUGGGCUUAAAUGUUGGUACGCCAUUGCAAAGAAAGCUUUCCAAGCUUGCGCUCCUCUUACUCGGAACUGCUGUCAUCUGUGCCAUUAUCGUGCUUGCUGCGAAUAAAUUCAGCAAUCACCAAGAGGUUAUUGUUUAUGCGGUGGCCACAGGCCUAAGCAUGAUACCAUCUUCUUUGGUAGUAGUUUUGACCAUCACCAUGACAGUUGGAACGAAACGGAUGGUGAAAAGACAUGUUAUUGUACGCAACUUGAACUCAUUAGAAGCUCUUGGAUCAGUUACAGACAUUUGUUCCGACAAAACCGGUACUCUGACCCAGGGAAAAAUGGUGGCGCAUAAGGCAUGGGUACCUGCACGAGGUACAUAUGCAGUCGGCCAAUCAAGUCAACCAUUCAACCCAAAGGCCGGAAAACUGUACUUCGAACCUAAACAGCCGCAUGAGAUAGAUUUCACAGAGAAAAAUGACACUUUUGACGAUGAAUAUACCAAAACGGAGAGCGAUGGACCUCUUGACGAGUUCCUGAAAGUUGCAGCUCUGGCCAAUCUGGCAGUUGUCCGUGAGACUGCAACUGGAGAUUGGGAAACGUAUGGCGACCCAACAGAAAUCGCCAUUCAGGUCUUUGCUACACGAUUCAACUGGAACCGUACUCAACUGACUUCGGGAGACCAGCGGACAUGGACUCAGGUUGCCGAGUUCCCAUUUGACUCUGAUGUUAAGAAAAUGUCCGCUGUCUUUGAAUCACCGACGGGAGACAUGUUUGUCUUUACCAAAGGAGCUGUGGAACGAGUGUUGUCAUCAUGUUCAUACAUAGAAGGCACCGAUGGCUCGCAGUUAGAGACAGUCACCCCUGAAGUUAGGGAAGGCAUUUUGGCCAACAUGGAAGCCUUCGCUGCACAAGGUCUACGUGUUCUUGCUCUCGCUAGCAAACCACUUCCAGUCAUGGACUGCCAAAACAUAGACCUGGAUCGCAAAGAGGUCGAGCAUAAUUUGAUUUUUCGUGGUCUAAUUGGGCUUUAUGAUCCUCCUCGUCCAGAAUCUGCACCUUCAGUGCGUCGCUGCCACGAAGCAGGUAUCUCCGUACACAUGUUAACUGGAGAUCAUCCUAGUACAGCGAGGGCUAUCGCCACAGAAGUAGGAAUCCUCCCGUCUCAUACCAACAUGCUAAGCAAAGAUACCCUUGAUUCCAUGGUGAUGACAGCUCAGCAGUUUGAUAAACUAUCUGAUAACGAAAUUGAUAACCUCCCUGAGCUUCCUCUGGUAGUAGCGCGAUGUGCGCCCAACACCAAGGUUCGGAUGAUCAAUGCACUGCAUAGACGCAAAAAAUUUGCCGCCAUGACUGGUGAUGGUGUUAAUGACUCGCCAUCCCUCAAGAACGCCGAUGUUGGUAUUGCCAUGGGUCUAGCUGGGUCCGAUGUUGCUAAGGAUGCAUCAGAUAUCAUUUUAACGGAUGAUAACUUUGCUUCAAUUCUUAAUGCCAUCGAGGAAGGCCGGCGUAUAUUUGAUAAUAUACAGAAGUUCAUAUUACAUGUUCUCUCCCAAAACUUCGCACAGGCUAUUGUUCUGCUUCUUGGCCUUGUAUUUAAGGACACGGACAAUUUAUCCGUUUUCCCACUAAGCCCGGUUGAGAUCAUUUGGCUUGUUAUGAUUACUUCAGGACUUCCGGAUAUGGGGCUCGGUUUUGAGCAGGCAACAAUGGAUAUCAUGCAGAGGCCUCCACACACACGCGGAAUCUUUACUUGGGAGAUCAUGUUGGACAUGGUUGUCUACGGCACUUGGGUUGCUGCAUUGUGCCUAGGAGCUUUCACAUUGGUAAUAUAUGGCUUUGGAGACGGUAACCUUGGAACGAACUGCAACAAGGUCUAUGAUGGGUGCGAAUUGGUAUUCCGGGCACGGGCCACUACCUUCGCAUGCCUGACAUGGUUCGUUCUAUUCCUAGCCUGGGAGAUGGUCGAUAUGCGCCGCUCAUUCUUCAACAUGCGACCGUCCUCUUCAUCAUCCGGUAUCGUUCCUCAGUGGUGUCGCGAUAUCUGGCAGAAUCCGUUCUUAUUCUGGGCAAAUAUCUCUGGAUUUGUCAUUGUUGUCCCGCUUCUGUACAUUCCCGUCAUAAAUAAGAAUGUUUUUCGCCAUACAGGCAUAACGUGGGAAUGGGGAAUCGUCCUGGUAGGCACGGUAUUGUUUUUUGCUGGGGCAGAAACAUGGAAGUUGGCGAAGAGGGUAUACUUCAGGCGAAAAUCGAGCUCGGUUCUUGGGGGUAGCAGGCCAAAAUCCGACCUUGAGAGCAGCGUGUUAGGAUACCAAGAGAAGUAG